AAACACUCACCGGAACUGAGAUUUUCCGCCAAUAUUUUUUUUUUUUCCGAUCGUAGCGGAGCUUUGUACAGUGAGUGGGACCAUGUUACUGUCGACGGUUUCGAGCUCCACGCCUCUCUUCCGUAUCAGUGAACCACCAGCGUUGAGAUUUAGAAGGAGGACGAAGCCUAGGGUAAUCUCUUGCGAUUAUUCAUGCCUCGAGGUUAGGGAUAUAUGCUACCGUCCACCUGGAACAGAGUUGAAUAUUUUGAAUGGUGUUAAUCUCUCUCUCCGUGAGAAGAGCUUUGGUUUGAUUUUUGGCAAGAGUGGGAGCGGUAAAACUACACUUUUGCAGCUUCUUGCUGGGCUGAACAAACCUACAUCAGGUUCCAUUUGUAUCCAACGGUAUGGGGAUGAUGGCCAGCCGAAGGAGGAUCCUGAGCUGUUGCCCACUGAAAAAGUUGGCAUUGUUUUCCAGUUUCCAGAGAGAUUCUUUGUUGCAGAUAAUGUGCUUGACGAGAUUACUUUUGGUUGGCCAAGGCAAAAGGGUAGUUUGCAGUUAAAGGAGCAUCUGACUUCGAACCUCCAGAGAGCAUUUAAUUGGGUUGGUCUAGACAGCAUCCCGCUUGAUAAAGACCCACAGUUACUAAGUGGAGGCUACAAGCGUCGGCUUGCACUAGCUAUUCAAUUGGUGCAAACUCCUGAUUUAUUGAUUCUGGAUGAGCCCCUUGCUGGUCUUGAUUGGAAAGCACGUGCAGAUGUUGCCAAGCUCUUGAAGCACCUAAAGAAGGAACUAACUUUACUUGUUGUAAGUCAUGACCUUAGAGAGUUAGCAACCUUGGUCGACCAGUCAUGGAGAAUGGAAUCAGGUGGUGUUCUUGUUGCAGACCGUCCACCAGUUUAGUUUGAUAUUCAUUAUUGCCGAAGGUCCAUUCCAGCUCCAACACCAAGUCUGCAAAGCAAUUCUGGAUUAUUAUCUGGUUCGACCACAAGCAGAAAACUAGUGCAUGCCUAAAUUGCCAAUGUAUCAGAAAUCUGUUUUCUUCCAGUAAAGAUCCUAAAUAUUCUUGAAAAUAUAGAAUCACAUUCUUACUUUGAAAUAAAUGGGCUUAUGCAAAUAUAUCAAUUAGUUGGGUAUGAUGUUGCACUUACAGUCUUCGUCUGUUCUGAUCCAGUGUUCUCCG